AUGGAUGCAGAAUCGGGAGACGGCCGGUGCCUGUCCCUGCCCACCACCCCCUGUGGGAGUCUAUCAGCCGGAAGCCAGGAGAGCCCAGCUCAGUCAGCAGACACUGGCGGGAGCACCCCCACGAUCGUCCCGGAGGAAUCUUGCAAGGAGCAGUUCCCUGAAGCACAGGACAACAAGAAAGACAAGGCCCAGAAGAGUUGGCUGAGGAACAUGCUGAACUUUGUCCUGAGACUGGGGCCAGAGGAGCCCAAAGAAAAGACCGGCAGGAAAAAUAAGGGCAAGGAAGGCCACCCGUCACCCACGGAGAGCCCCGUUGACCCAGAGCUGCCGGUGCCCAGGAAGAAGGCCCCGGACAAGAAGGGGGGCCAUGGAAGACCCAAGGCCAGGGAGACCCUGGGGGCCCAGGAACAGGAAGCCAGAGGCCACCAGGCAGCACCCCCCGGGAAGGCCAGCACCCCCCACUCCGAGGAGGCACCCCGGGGUCCAGUGCGCAGGGGCAGGGAAAGGGCCAGUUACCACCACUCCGUGCUCGCCCAAAGCCGCCGCCGCCAGCCAGAUGAGGAGCUCAGGAAGCCUGACAAGGAGGCCGUCAUCCAGAUGAUCGUGAAGUUCCUCCAAAGAGUGGGAGACCAGUAUGAAAUAGAGCAACUUCAAGUCCCUCUGCCAGAGGUAUUUGAGCCAAACCCAGGCCCACCCUCCAAGAAGAAACCACCGGAGAGAAAGUCAAGCCUCAAGAAGGUCUUUUCCCUGAAGAAACAAGGUUCUGAGGAGCCCAAGAGAACGGGGGCCGUGGGGGCUGCGAGCCCAGAGUCCCGUCCGCCCCGGAAGCCCACGUUAUUGGGCAUGUGUGUUGGGGGCCAGCGGCCCUCCAUCCCCAGCGGCUCAGGUUUGGAAGAAGCUGAAGUCUCUGAGACCCUGUUUCCAGAGGCGGAGGAUGUUAGCCCCGCGGAUGAUCACCCCAGACGAGCGAAGAGCCAGACACCCGAAGAGGUUUUGGCCCAGGACACAGUCUCUGAAUCGAAGGAGGCCGUCAUCCAGAUGAUCGUGAAGUUCCUCCAAAGAGUGGGAGACCAGUAUGAAAUAGAGCAACUUCAAGCUCCUCUGCCAGAGGUGUUUGAGCCAAACCCGGUCCUACCCUCCAAGAAGAAACCAUCAGAGAGAAAGACAAGCCUCAAGAGGGUUUUUUCCCUGAAGAAACAAGGUUCUGAGGAGCCCAAGAGAGCGGCCGGCUUGGGGGCCACCAGCCUAGAGUCACGGCCGCCCCGGAGGCCCACCUUCUUGGCCCUGUGUGUUGGGGGCCAGCGGCCCUCCACCCCCAGCAUUUCAGAGUUGCUGAUUAUCCAGAAGCUGGAGGCUUUUCUCCAAGAAGUGGGUGAGCAGUUGGGAGAACAGAUAAGGCGACAUCCCUGUCUCAAGAGGUAUUUCCAAGAGAUCCUAGACUCCUGCCAGGAGAAGCUGGUGGCGGCUAUGCGCAGUCAGGAGGGCCACUCCUCGCACCCUGGCAGAAACCCCCAGGGGCCCUACCAGUUUCCCUUCGACCUGCCAAACAAAUUUGCCGGCAACAGCCACAACGUCAUCAGCCUGCUGGACCUCCUGGGGCACUACCGUCGCCGCCGAAGCAGCCAGUACUCCUACGAGGAGGCCCAGCCGAACAUCACAAGUCCCGACAUCCAGAUUGAAAGUCCAGACUGA